UUUGCGAGACACGCGUUCGUGUCGUGCGGUGGUCCGUGGUCCGGUGUGAAUGUGAAUCACUUCGCGAAGUGCGAAAAAUUUCCCCUGUUAGCAAUUUACCAGCUUUAUCACAAUCCCUAGCGCAUCUCAGAAUGGUUCAAAUCGAGGAAUCGAAAAUCGCCGACAUCGGCCGGGUGCUCAACGACCAGAACCGGCCGCUGAAGGAGCGCUUCCGCGCGUUGUUUACACUGAAAAACAUCGGCGGACCGAGAGCGCUGGAGUCGAUCGGGUUGUGCUUUGAGGAUGAUUCGGCGCUACUGAAGCACGAGCUGGCCUACUGCCUGGGGCAGAUGCAGGACCGAGCGGCCAUUCCCAUCCUGACGAAGGUGCUCGAGGACAGUGCACAGGAACCGAUGGUGCGACAUGAAGCGGCAGAAGCCCUGGGAGCCAUCGGCGCAUCCGAGGUCGAACAGAUCCUGGUUAAGUAUUCAAAGGAUCCCGUCGUCGAGGUGGCGGAAACCUGUGAAAUCGCACUCGGCCGCGUUCGGUGGUUGAAAAACAAGGAAGCAAAUUUAGUCGAUAACAAUCCUUACGCAUCCGUCGACCCGACGCCUCCCGCAGAGACAUCGAACGUCGCUGAACUGCAGAAGAUUUUGAUGAACGAUGACGAAUCGCUGUUCAAUCGAUACCGUGCCAUGUUCAGUUUGCGAAACUUGCGCACCGAAGAGUCCGUACUGGCACUGGCCACCGGAUUGAAGGGAAAGAGUGCCCUUUUCCGGCACGAGGUAGCUUUCGUGCUGGGUCAACUACAGGAACCGUGCAGUAUUCCAUUCUUGGCUGAAAAUUUGAGAGACGGCGCCGAGAACGAAAUGGUACGACACGAAUGUGCCGAAGCGUUGGGUGCGAUCGCCACCGAAGAGUGCACCAACAUCCUGAACGAAUACCUGAAGGACGAGAAACGCGUGGUCAAGGAAAGUUGCGAGGUUGCGCUGGACAUGUGCGAGUACGAAAACAGCCCGGAAUUCCAGUAUGCGGACACGCUGGGCAAAGUGACGCACUAGAAGGUAUUGUUUGUGAUAAAGCGAGUAAGUUGGUUUAAAAUUAA